AUGGAAAUGAAAGGAAGGGAGGAAAGAAGAGAAAAUACAAUAAUAAAAGGUCUAAAGAAGGGUAAAACUGGCGUGGAAGAAAGAGUGAAGGAACUGAUGAGGGAGAUAAAGGCUAAGUUUUUUCUGUUUGCUUUAUUCUGCUGCGCUGUAGGACAGUAUGGAUCGUACCGUGGUUUUCCAAAUCAAAAUGCAUAUAGAACAACACCUAGACCAAAUUAUCAGCAACCAAUACAACCUCAGUAUACGCCACAAUAUAAUUCACCUGGAAGGUUCAUAGCUAUUCGUAGCCAACAAAAGGACACCUUUCCAGAUGGAUCUUAUACUUUUAGCUACGAUACCGAUAAUGGAAUUUCAGUUGCUGAAAGCGGACGCCCUCAAGCUACUUCGCAGGGUCAAAGCGAGGUUGUACAAGGUAGAUUUUCAUAUUCUGCGCCAGAUGGAACCCCUAUCACUGUGGAAUAUACGGCUGAUGAAAACGGCUUUCACCCUCAAGGCGCACAUCUCCCAACACCACCGCCAAUUCCAGAAGCUAUCAGACGAGCUCUUGCUGCCAAUCCGCCUGGACUCGAUGAUUCCGAUUAUAGGCAGCCUUAUAACUCAAAUCCUUAUCGAAGAUAUUAG